AUGAGCGCACAACAAGCAGUGUUAGAUAACGCCCUCCUUGCUUCGGCUCAAAUCAUUGAGAAAACCAUUGAUGAAAAGUUGAGAGAACUCGAUGAAAUGACCGAUGAUGAUUACAUGAAGCUCAAACAAAAGAGAUUUGAAAGUUUAAAACAAAAACAUUCAUUGAAACAAGAAUGGAUGCAAAAGGGACACGGAAAAGUUAUGGAUGUGAGAGAUGCCAAAGAAUUUUUCCAACAUGUGAAGGACAACAAAUACGUUGUUGUCUUGUUUUAUAGACCAUCGAAUAGUUACUGUGAUAUUGUAUUGAGUCAUUUACAAAAGAUUGCUCCAAAACAUUUAGAAACUCUGUUUAUUAAGGUGGAUGGAGAGCAAUGUCCUAUUGUUGUAGAACAUUUGAAAAUCUGGAUGAUGCCAACAAUUGUGUGCAUCAAGAAUGGACGAACAGAUGAUUCUAUUGUUGGUUUGGAUGACUUGGGUGGAGCAAACUUUACGACGACGACUCUUAGAAAGAAGUUACUCGGUUUUGGUGUCAUUGAGAGAGAAGAUGACGAAUAA